AUGGGCUCCGUAUCGGAUGCGGCCGGAUCGAUGGAGCUGAUAACGGCGAGCUAUAAAAGGCCGGGGGGCGGCUGCGGCCGCGCUACAGCCCCGAGGCGCCGCGCCGGGAUGGGGCUGCGCCCCGCCGCGCUGGCGCUGCUCGCUCUGGCGGCCGCCGCCGCCUCCGCGCUGCCGCUGCCGCUGCCCGACGCCGGCCCGCACCUCAACUACGGCUGGGGAGAGCCCAUCCGGCUGCGGCACCUCUACACCGCCAGCAAGCACGGGCUCUUCAGCUGCUUCCUGCGUAUCGGCGCCGACGGCCGGGUGGACGCGGCCGGCAGCCAGAGCCCGCAGAGUCUGCUGGAGAUCCGGGCCGUGGCCGUGCGCACCGUGGCCAUCAAGGGCGUGCAGAGCUCCCGGUACCUGUGCAUGGACGAGGCGGGGCGGCUGCACGGGCAGCUCAGGUAUUCCACUGAAGACUGUUCCUUUGAGGAGGAGAUUCGCCCAGACGGCUACAACGUGUAUAGAUCCAAAAAACACGGAAUAUCAGUGUCUUUGAGCAGUGCCAAACAAAGACAGCAGUUCAAGGGAAAAGAUUUCCUUCCCCUGUCUCACUUCUUGCCCAUGAUCAACACUGUGCCCAUGGAGUCAGCAGACUUUGGUGAAUAUGGUGAUUACAGCCAGGCCUUUGAGCCAGAGGCGUUCUCCUCGCCCCUGGAGACGGACAGCAUGGACCCCUUUGGCAUCGCCUCCAAACUGUCCCCAGUGAAGAGCCCCAGCUUCCAGAAUUGACUCUGCUCCCACACGUGUUUUCACAGAAAUAUUGAAGAGUACUGCAGGGUUUGUAGCUUUCUGUGUAGUGAUAUUUGAGAACUUUUUUGUGUGUUUGAGUAUGGAGCCAGCCUCAUCCUUGUUGUACCUGUAAGAGAUGAGUGCCACUAGGCUGUUUUGUAGUCUAAAAGAAUUUCCUAUCCAUAGUUUUGUUUGGAAAAGGAGGAUUAAAUACAAAAAGUUUAGCAGCCUUAUCAGAAUUCCUCCAUAGGUGGUGAUAAAAUAACUGUAAUUUUUCUAUGCCAGCUUCACUUCCACAUAUAUUAACCUGUUAUAGCUGCUCGUACGAGCAAAUGCAGAAAACCUUUUCCUCUUCAGAGACCACAAACUCAAACACUUGGACCAAAACUAGAUGAAGGAAAACAUCCUACCAGAUGUAACUUGAGUUGAUGCUGCUUCUUAAAAGGCUGCUAACAACAUUCUGGGGAAAACUUUCUAUGGAAAGCAUACUACUGAAAAAACAAACCUGCUUGUAUAUUGUGCUUUUUC